ACGCAGACUACAUCGAACAAUCUCUGGGCUUUCGAUAUGGAUGAGCACGAAUCAGGAAUGGAAAUGAUGCUUUCUGCAAUGAAUUCUCCACUUGAUGAUGAUCUCCCAUGGCAGUUUGAUGAUCAAAUAAUCAAGGAAAAUGAUAGGCUCGACUCUGCAGCACAAAGUCCGUCGUCUAGCCUUUUCUCCGAUUUUGACGACGCCUGCACAUCAUCAUUUGCAUCGUCGCUCUCCUCACCCACUUUUGCAACAUCUUCUGAAUCAGGAACGAGUUCGCUGUCCUCUUUCGAUAUGAUGAUGAGCAUGUUCCCUGAUCCAACACGUCCGACUGUGAGCGAUGAUCGAAUGGCUCCUCCGGCGGCUACUGUGCGAAAAAACGUUGUCGUCCGAAGACGUCCCCGUGAGUGUUCAAUGGUUUGCUGGUUGUUCAGAACAUUACUGACAUCCGAAUAUCGAGCUUUGCCAGCCAAUGCAAUUUUUGAAAUUUUUGAAGAAACUAUGCAACAAUCCACAGCUGGAAGCGCCCGUCAUUAUCGAGACUCAAUUCGUCACUGUUUAAUGACUUCUGCUGUUUUUGUACGCGUUCUGACCCCGAAUCCACGCAAGGAUUUUCUUGUGAUGAAUGAACAAGGAUCAUGGUGGACAGUACAUCCAGACUGCGAAAUGGCCUGUGCUGAGCAUGUGUUUCGAAGUGGAUCUGCACAUCGUUGUCCUCCACAAGCAUCGAUUCCUGCAUAUUAUGCGAGAGUUCGAAUGGAAGAGACAAAAGCUGCAAGCUCUGGAAAUUCAACAGCUGGUCCAAUAAGAGCCACAUUUGGAUAUCAGUCAGCUUCAUCGUCGGAAUGCUCAUCUACAUCAUCGUCUUCUGCAUCGUCACCGGCUCCAUCAGUUAAUGUUCGAAGAUUUGAUCCUAUUCGAAAAGUGACUUAUGGAACGAUGAACGGUGGACAACGAGUAUCUUAUAAAGCGUUCUCUUCAGGAUACCCUCAAAAAGUCACACCUCAACCGACACUUCUGAAUCCUCGUUCAAUUCUUCUGAAUGAUAUUGCAGUAGAUCACGAAGAAGUCGUAUGAACUCAAUCAAGAAGAUUGCCAUGCAAAUGAAAUGAAACGGGAAAUUUAAAUGUGCCAAAAAAAGCUUUCCAAGUUAUCUCUCCCCUUGCAGCAAUGCAUUUCUAGUUAUCUCUGUAAUUUCUUUUUAGACCCCUCAAUAAUUUAAAAAAAAAUCAUUCUCAAACGAUGAAAGAAAACUUAAAAAAUUCACAAUUUCUCAAAUCUCAUAAUACGGUGAUCCAUGUCUUAUCUCUUCUGUACCAGAAGUUCUCCCCUCUUUAAUAUUUCUCCCACUCUCAAAUUCAUGUCCAAUAGUUUCAUCUUCCAUUCUUUUUCUAAUGUCCUUAAUUACAACUAUCAGAGUAUCGGUUGUGUGUGCGAGUGUUUUUUUUUUCGUAAAUUUAGUCCCCCAGUUAAGAAUAGAUCAUUAUAAUAUGCACCCUCUCCAAAAAUCCCCUUACGGUCCAAUUUUUUAAAUCCAAGUGUUGUUCUACUAAUAAAAAUCCAGAUUUCUU